CAAAAGAAUCUAAGCAUCCAUUUGGGGAAGCCCCUACAGCAGCCAUGAUAAUCACGAUGGGAAACUUGCGACUGUCAACAUUGGACAUGAUUUAAUGCAUACAUGUUUUAUGAGCCAAAACUAUAUAUUUCAUUUGAAAGAGAUUUAUUCAAUAUUGUUGUCCUAUUGUACAAAAGAUAUUUCAGUAACAUUAAUGGGGAAUUAGCUGAAUGUUUUGCUGUGUCUGAAAACUUGAGACAAAUUCUUGUCUAUCAGAGGCAAACUUGAGACACACGUGUGAACUAUGACAGUGAAACAACCACCAUUGCCUCAACCAUGUCAUUCACAGGGUAGAAAGCAGGAUGAACUUUUGACAGUGUGUAACCAGAUUAAGGAAAUUACAGGAAUACAUGAUGAAAAAGUGAUAAAGAGAGCCAUUGAUGCUUGUCAAGAUGAAAAUGGACAAUUUAAUGUAGAAAAUGUGGUGGCAAUGUUAGUGGCUGAAGACAGCCACGUAACCAACAGUCCUCCUAAAAAAUCAACUGUGAAUCCGUUACCUCCUAGGACAACAGCUGCAGAUACACUAGAUGCUAAAGGGAAACCAGGCACUGAUACUACUGCUACACAGUCAACAGAAACACAGUCAACCAGUACAAAUAAAAGUCAAGGUGUAAUAGACUUGACAACAGAAACAAAUGAAAGUGACGAAUUACAGAAAGCUAUAGCUGCCAGUCUUCAAGAUACACAGGGAAUUCUGGGAGGUCAGGUGUCGAAGGAAGAACAAGAUAUUAGCAGAGUGUUAGAACAAAGUUUGAUAGAAAGUAAAGCUGGGACUAAAAGGAAGAGAGGUGAUAUAUGGUUUGUUGAUCCACUUAAUCCACAUGAAAGGAAGAGGCUAGAAGAAUGUCCUGUUGGUUUAAAGAAUGUCGGAAAUACGUGUUGGUUUAGUGCUGUAAUACAGUCUUUAUUUAAUCUUAGAAGAUUUCGACAUUUGGUGCUUAACUUCAAACUACCUAAAGAUCCUGCACAGCAGGAGACAAGAAAUGUGAGAUUUAUGUGUGAACUCCGACGUUUGUUUGCAUUAAUGGUUGGUUCUAAGAGAAAAUAUGUAGAUCCUUCUAAAGCUGUAGAUAUUCUUAAAGAAGCCUUUGCUGCUACAGCAGCUACUGGUGUGGGAGACAGUCAACAGGAUGUCAGUGAAUUCCAGCACAAGUUAUUAGAAUGGUUAGAAGAUGCAUUUAAAACAACAUUCAGACCUCCAUCCCCUGAAACAGGGGCUGGAGAAUCUGGAGAAACAAAAAAUCCAAUGGUAGAGUUAUUUUAUGGCCAAUAUAGAGCUGAGGGUGUCAAUGAAGGUAAAGGUUUUAGCAAUGAUGAGAAUUUUGGUCAGUUUCCAUUACAAGUAAAUGGUUUUCGUGACAUCCAUGAGAGUUUGGAGGCUGCCACAGCACAUGGAGCUAUAGAAACAGUCAGUAAUGAUACUACACAGCAAUCAGGUCAAGAGUUGUGGUUUACUAAACUUCCUCCAGUGUUGACCUAUGAACUUUCCAGGUUUCAGUUUAACCAACAACUUGGACGCCCUGAAAAAAUUCACAACAAAAUAGAAUUUCCUCAAGUGAUAUAUAUGGAUAGAUAUAUGAUUGGUAAUAAAUUAGAAACCAGGCAACGAAGAGAACAAGUGAAGAAAUUACGAGAGGAAUUAUCUGUGUUGUAUUCCAAGUUAGAUAAAUUUAACCAUUAUGGCAGUGGUAGUAAGAAAGUUCCUCUUCAAGAUGUUUUAUCCUAUGCUUUAGAGUUUGCCCAGAGUAAACCUGAAACCCAGUGUCUUUCAUUAGAUGUAGAAAUGGAAUCUCCUAAACCUCAUACUAGUAUGGUAACCGAUACACCGACAGAUGUUCCUAUGACAUCAACAUCACCCCUGUCAUCAUCACCAGCCAAAAAAAUAGCCACACCCAUCAAACCUCAUCGGACAAAUGUCUUAAUUAGUAACCCUUCACCUAAACAUGUAGAAGAUUCAGAAUUAAAAGUUUUACAAGAAUGUUUGCGGAGAUGGCGAACUGAAGUAGAACAGGAUGUAAGAGGAUUACAAGAAAACAUAAAUUCCUUAGAAGAAGCUAUAAAUAGACAGUAUGGUGAUGAGGCCAUGAGAAAGUGUCCUUAUCAUUUACAUGCUGUACUCGUCCAUGAAGGACAGGCUGCUUCAGGACAUUACUGGGCAUAUAUUUGGUCGUUAACAAAAUGGUUGAAAUUUAAUGACAUAUCAGUUACUGAUGCAUCUUGGGACGAUUUAGUGAAAGAAAGUGUGGGUGGAUUUCAUAACGCUAGUGCUUAUUGUUUAAUGUAUGUGGAUAAAUCAAAAUUAGAGGCAGAAGAAGAAAGCUGUGAUAAUGAUGUUCUACCUGAUGACUUAAAGGAACAGGUGUUAGAGGACAAUAAUAAGUUUGACCAGGAAAUAGACGACUGGGACAAGGAACAGGCCAGAAAAGCUCUAGGUGCUGGUGAUGGGGAUUGUACUAUAACUGGGGAGACAAAACCUGGUCCCAGUACCAGUUCAGUAGCGACACAGACUCAGGUUCCUAGCAAUAAAAAUUUUAACCAGGAAGUAACAUUAGCUGUGACUCAUGCUUUUUUAUCAGCGAAUGAAACAUACCAGGCUGCAAACACAGCCUUAGGUCAGGAACCCAUUCAGUUUGAUGGCCCAGCUGUUCUUACAAUUGUGAUAGAAAAUGAACUGCAAAGACUUGAUCAAAUAGUAAAACAGUUACCCAAGUUGUUACCUAAAGAUGAUCAACGAUUAUUGCAUCCUGUGAUUUACCUUAAAGCAUGCCAUGCCCCGAGGGACGUGGUACACAAAUUUAUGCUGGAACAGUUUUCCCUUUGUACACUUUUAACACAAAAUGAUAAAUGUAAAAGAUUAUUACUUUCAGCGACUGCAGAACUUAAACAAAGACAGAAAGGUUUAGAAAAAGAUGAAAUCAUGAUUUUGUGGCAUGACAGAUUUCACCAGUUUAGGAAAAUAGUUUAUUUCUUUGUAAAAGGAUUAUUAUUAUAUAAUGACGAAAAAUAUGAUAAAGCUCUCCCUUAUUUGGUUCAUACAUAUACUCUUAAUACAGCUCUUAAAAAUCAAGUGACAGUCGAUAUGGGAUGUUUAUCUGUUAGUUUAUUAGGAUUUUAUAGAAGACAGUGUUUAUUGCAUAUGAACGACAUGCUAACUCACCAGUUUGAGAAUCUUGAGGACAUCACAGAGACGAUGGGUAUUAUGAAUAACUACAUUGUGCCAUGUCUGCCAUGUUUACUCCAGUCUGGCUACACUGAUGACCAAAGUGCUGCAGAGGAAAUCAGAGAAAAAUGGUGCUCAUUUCUAGGACAAGAAAUUGGUGGUAUGUCUCCUUCAAAAGCCAAGAAAGUUGAAAUGUUACAAGACUUAUUAUCCAAGUUAUUUGAGCCACCAGGUGAUACAAGUGUCACAAGAAUUCCAGCUGUGAUGCAUGCAGAACUUAAAACAUUAUAUAAUGAAUUCCAGAGGUUAAUGGACAUAGCUGAUGAGGGAGGCUACUUAGAAAAAGCAUUUCAGAGUAAAUGAGGAUAUUAUAUCAUCUCACAUAUUAAAGUCCUACUUCAUUAACAUACUAGGUUACCAUGCUUUCUGGUUUGAGGUCUGUAAUAGUUUAGAAAGACAAACAGGAAACCAGUUUAAAGAAUAGAUAUCAAAAAGCAAGAGUUAAAUGUUAUACUUGAUGUCACAUAUUAAAGUCCUAUUUCAUAAAGAAACCAGGUUGCCAUCCUCUCUGUUAAUAUUGUAUUAUCUAAAAUAGUUAUGAUAUACAAACAGGAAACCAGUACAAAGAAUAGAUAUCAAUGAUGAGAAUUAAAUGUUAUAUUUGAUAGUUAGAUAAUACACAAUUUGACAUGUUUUCAUUUUAAACACUGCAAGAAUUCAAAAUAAAAGCAUAAUGUUUGAAUCUUAAAAAAGAUAUUCAUGAAUUUUUUUUUAAUUUGUACUAAAUUUCAUCAAAAUUACUGGCAAAGUAAAAAUAUUGAAUGAAUGCAAAAUGAUGGUAAAUCAUAAUGAUUGCUGCUGAUGAAAACCAACCCAUAUUGGGCAUAUUCACAUUAAGUUCAAAGGUUGUACUUGUAAUGUACUGUAAAAAAGACUUAGCUACUAUGAAAGAUAGUUACUCACAUAGGAUUUUGAUUUACUCAUACAUUAUAAAAAGCUUUUAUUUUUAGACCAUAAUUUUACAUAUCGCAACAUUUAUAAAUAUAAAACUAUUUUAGUUAAAAAAAUAAAUAAAUAAAUUGUAAAGCAGCUUCUUAAUUGUUUAUACCAUUUCUCAGUAAUUCAUCAUAUUUUUUAAAGAUUUAAGUAUAUAUAUAAUAAGAUAUUGAAUUGACAUUUGAAAUUGAGAAAAAAGUGUGGCAUUUUAAAAAGUCAACACUUCUGAUCUAAACUACUUUACACGGAUAUUGGUGCAGUGUUUAUGAAUUCCAAAUGUAGCUAUUAUGUGUAUCAAAUGGCUUUUAAUUCGAUUUCUGGCAAGUUUUUAUUGUUCAUGUUUUCUGCACAGGUUAAGUGAUGGACAAGUAUUUUUGUCCUAUCAGUUGCCCCUUUUAAAUGCAGGCAGUAAAUAUUGAUGUUCAAGCCCUAAUUAAUAAAAUUUUAGGAUUAUUGUAAUAUAAAAUUUUCUCCAAGCCAUUAUGUUUUCCCUUUUUCCUCUUGAUUUUCUCUUCAUUAUAAGUUAUCAAUAUCAUUUUGUUAUCUGACACUGUAAAUUAAGAAAUUAUUGUGUGCAUUUAUUAUUGGGAUUUUUGUUGAAUUAACAAAAAUACAAGUUUAAUAAUUGUUGUUUAAGGAAAAGCUUUAUACAUAUAUAUGUACCAUGUAUCAGAAUGUGAGUUCUUGUUAUUGGGAUACUCAAGGAGUCACAUUAUUCUCAUUUAUAAAAACCUUCCAUUAAUUUCUGAAUUUACAGUAGUCACUGAAUAAAGUCUUGUUAGUGGUGCAUUUCUGAUACAUUUUGCUCAAACUCUGUCCUUAUACUACUCUCACCUUAUACUACUACAAUGCUCUUCCUUUAUACCACCCCUGGUCUAAUAUUGUAAAUAAAUCAACUGAGUUGAUACUUUUUAUGAAAUUUACUGACCAGAAUGUAUUAAAGGUUACUUGAAUUGUAUUCGUUAAAAUUUCUGUAUUUCUCAUCAUAUCAUGAAAUUCACAUUAAUAAUGCAUAGAUAGAGUUGCUUGCAUGAUUUUACAUGAUUUUAAUUUAUUUCACUUUCAAUGCAUAACCCUUCAGAUGGAAGGAUUUUAAUAAUUUAUUUUUAAGAAGUACAAUGUCAGCUUUCUAUAGUGUGUACAUAGCUUGUAAUAUAUGUAAUAUAUAUUGUAUAUACUGUAAAAAUAAAUAUUGAAUUGUUAUGGUGGUUUGCAGAAAAAGAUUUUUGCAACUGGUUUUUUUUUCAAAGGAAAAGAAAUAAAUAAAUUGAGACACA